UUCCUGCAUUCCCUCCUCUUCAGUCCGGGACGUCGCAGGAGUCUCACUCCAACUAAUCCUGUCUCCCACCUCCGUUCUCACCCAACACACCCAUGACACGGCGGGUUUGAUCCCAGGAGGUGAACCCGGGUUCCCCAGGAGUCUCCAGCCCACGUCGGGUCACUUUCCUCCACCCCCCUUCCCCCUCCCCCUUCCUCCACCAAUCGCAGCGCCAGUUGCCAUGGAGAACUCCUCUGUGGCGUCUGCGUCGUCUGAAGCCGGUAGCACACGCUCACAGGAGAUCGAGGAGCUGGAGCGCUUCAUCGACAGCUAUGUGCUUGAGUACCAAGUACAGGGGCUGCUGGGAGACAAGGCAGAUGGAGACUUGGAUUUGGACAAUGGUGGCAAGGUGCCACAGUGGACGGAAGACUGCAAUGACAAGAAAGAUGGCAGCUGGACUUCUUCUCGGGGAAGAGGUUCAUCCAAGCCUGAUGAGUGGGAACACAGCAGUAAUGGCAGCACAGGUUCCAGACCCAGUUCAGGCUCCAGACCAGGUUCUGGCUCACGCUCUGGCAGCAGAGGCAGAAACAACCAGUUCACAGGCCCUUCCAAGAAUGGGAACAGAGAAUGCUCCUUGGACAUCCUUGGCACAGACAUAUGGGCGGCCAACACAAUGGACUCACACGGAGGUGCAGGUUGGGACGUGCAGCCGGAGAAACUGGACUUCAGCCACUUCCACAGGAAACACAUCAGAGGAACGCCAAAGCACCUGCCACACAUUGACAGAGAGGGGAUGAACAAAAACAAGUUUGAGGAGGACGAUGGCAUCGACAUGAACGACAUAGAGCGGUUCCUACCUCAUCUGCGCUCUGUCUUCCCACCCCUUCCUAAUGAGGCUGAGAUCGCACAAACCAAAAAGCUCUUCCGACGCAAGAGGAAUGACCGACGAGCGGUUGAUCAGUUCACCCGAGACCAGUUAACCAUACUUCUGCCCACUGGCCCCGGGGGGGAGCGCCGAGUCUCAGCCAGGAGGCAGCAGCGGCCUCAGGGAGGAGGUGGCGGUGGAGGUGGAGGAGGGAAGAGCCAGCCUCAGCAGAUACAGCAACAGUCACCGCAGCACCAGAGGGAUCACACCCAACAGCAGGCUCCACACCAGCAGCAGCACAAUAUAACAGAACUGGGAGAUAACAGAAACAAUAGUGCCGACUGGCCGCCCCGCCAGUACCAGGGAGGACAUGGGCAGCGCCAAGGAGGACCCUCGCACUUUGGCUACAGCCAGAACCGGCGUUGGCACCACAAUCAGAAAGGUCAGGGGCAUGGACAGACAAACACCACGGGCGACAGAGUCAUAACCCCGAGAACAACCAAAGACAAAGAGACUGAGAAUGUAAAAGCGGGUGACGAGCAGAUCCGACCGCCUCAAGACUGCGGCCGUAAGAGUCCCAAUGAAUCACCCAAAUCCGAGUCAACACCCUUUACAAAUACUUUCCCAGAUCGGCCAGUUUUAAAGGAAUUUCCCAGCCCAGCAGGAAGUGGGAAGGCGAGCGAGGGCCAGUCGGAGCAGCCCAAAGUCAGCUUGCUGCAGUCGUCAAAGGAGAGGCUGCGGAGGAGACUAAAGGACAAGGAAGAGGCUCGUGUGGAGGCGUCGGGCUCUGGGUCCCAGAACAUGGACCGGCUGGUGGACCUGCUCAACAGCAUGAGGAGCAACAGCAGCGGCGUUGAGCAGCAGCUGGCCUCCUUCAUGGAGGAGGCGCAGUGCUCGGCCCGGUCCGAGGAAUCCCUGACGCAGGUGGUCCGCACAAUCUACUGCAAGGCUGUGUCGGACAGGAGCUUCGCCGCCACUGCCGCCAAGCUCUGCGACAAGAUGGCACUGUUCAUGGUGGAGGGGACCAAGUUCAGAUCACUGCUGCUCAACAUGCUGCAGACGGAUUUCUCCCGUCGUGAGGGGCUCCAGCAGUUGGAUGUCGAAAGGUGGCUGGGUUUCAUCACUUUCUUGUGCGAGGUGUUUGGCACCAUGAGGAGCAGCUCCGGGGAGCCAUUCAGGGUGCUGGUGUGUCCCAUCUUCACCUGCCUACGAGAGCUCUUGGAUACCACAGACAUUAAGGAAGACGCAGUUCUCUGCUGCUCCAUGGAGUUGCAGAGCACCGGACGUCUACUGGAGGAGCAGCUCCCUGAGAUGAUGACCGAGCUCUUAGCGGCCGUCAGGGACAAGAUGCUCAGUCCGGCUGAGUCUCAGCUGACCCGCUCCCUCCUCAUGGAGGUCAUCGAGCUGCAUGCGCACCGCUGGAGCCCCCUGGAGGCCCUCACCACCCAAUACUACAACCGUACCAUCCAAAAGCUCACCACCACUGCCUAGGUGCCAGCUGCCGCGGGAGGAGAGGAGACAUUUUCCACUUGUGCAACAAUCUGCACUUCUAGUUUUUCCACAAAACGGGAAGUCAACAACAUGCCACAAUCUCGCCGACAUAAUGCUUGACAUGGUUAUUGAACGCAACUGUACAAUUCAAUCAUUUCACCAAGAAUGGUGAUCACUGCCACAAACAUACCAGCCACCAGACAGGUAGAGCUCAGCCAUCCAGGCAACACGGCAUGUGGUGUUCAAACAAUGACGAGCCUGUCGUCUGACGCAGAUUUGAGAAAACGCUAGUGAGUAGGUGGCCAGUAGGGGCAUGCUUGGCCACACGGCGUUGGGGAGCUCGUCUGGUUGUGGCUGCUUAGGGUUAAAGGAGAGAACAGACAAGAGAGGGGUCACACGGGGGAGAUGAGAGGGCAGGAGCCUGUCUGUAGGGAAUAGAGAGAUCUGUACCCAAAGAUGAAUGGAGGGAGGGAGGGAGGUGGUCUGCGUAGUCUGUGUCAGCCUCCUCAUUGUGUUCAUUUGCCCCGCCACCCUCUCCUUCCCCCUGUGUCUCUCGCCAUCCCCCACCUCUGUCUAUCCGUCGGCCCCUGGGGUCUCUGUGGCUGAUAAAAGAGAGCAGGAGGCAGGGAGUAGACACGGUGCUGUCUGUCUGGGCCGUCUGCCCCGCCGGGCCAGGGAACCAGGUCAAAGGGUCUCGGUGUGGAGCUCCCCCCAGCUCCGCCAGCUCCUCCCUGCCUUUGUCUCCCCGAGUUCCCCCUUCUACUGCACCCCCCGUGCAGGAAGCCUUUUUGUGGGGAUGAGACAGCGGGCCUGCUGGGCUGGGCUGGGCUAAGGAUGAGGAUCAGGCUGGGCAGAGUAGGGUGGCAGAUGGCUGCAUGAGCCCUUGUGAGACGACACACUCCUAACACACCCCCACCUCCCUCUGGCUCCCCCAGCUCAGCCCGGUGUAACCAGCAGAGGCAGCAGAAGUGGGGGGUGAGGGGUCCAGCAUUGGAAAAGAAUUAAAGCAGACACUGCUGUCUGAUAAUUCUUUUGUUUUCGUCCUACAGGGGAAUGUCUCUUCUCCUCCAUUGAGCCGUGCAUGUCCAUGCUUUGUUAUCCACAUCAUUGAUAUUAUUAUAUUAUUUUUUUAAGUCAUAUAUUGUUUUUAUUGUUGUCUUUUCAUUUUGAAGUCUUGUUUUUACGAUAUAUUGUACGUAUGAGAUGUAGCGGUAGGCCUUAUUGCACAGGUUUGAUUUGUUUUGCACUGUUUGGAGGCGAUUUGCUUUUAAUGAAAAUUCAAAAUAAGUAAAAGUUUGAAUUUGAGUCAGUGCUAUGGGUAUUAUAUGGAAAAAAAAAAUGGGCUGAGCGAUUUUAGGAUGUUUUAAUGGACUAGUGGCCUUGUCAAUUAUCCAUUUUUAUAGGAGCGCUCUGUUCCAGGGCCUGUGGCAGCACGGGAGGAAGCUGACGACUAAACAGUUGGGCCUAAUUCACAUUGUUAUGUUGCUCAAGAAAAAGAAUAAUAUUUGAAGAUGAAGAAAAGAUGUUACAUUUUAAAAAAAAAAGAGCAUGGCACACAGAGAAACAGAAGUGAAAUGUUUCUUUAAACAAGCCAUUCUUUGCAGUGAA